UUUGGUCCAAGGAGCUUAUCGGUCCCAGCUGCUGCUGGUCGGACCAACUGUCAUGCACGCUGUUUAUUAUUGGAGGCCGCGUCGCGGUUGGAGAGGCGGGGGCCUCCGAGCUCCUACUGUCUGUCACAGACCGAUCUGAUGCGUGUUCCUCUGUUCGCCGCUGGACUGACUAAUGCACACGUGACAGGUGCCGCCUUGUUUGCAUCCGUGAGCCCAGCGGCUCCGUGUUUGCUCAGUCUGUCAAUGUGUAAACCUGCAGCAGGAGCAGCCUCCACUCAGGUUUCAGUCAUUUACCCAGUGGAGCUGAACUGGCAUCGUUUGAAGGAGAACCCGAUGAAGGCAGGCGUGUUGUUAGGCGGUUCUGGGCCGCGCUUCACGCUCCGAUGUGUUCACGCUGAAGUCAAUCCAGGAAAGUUACAGAGUGGAAUUAAGCAGCUUUUUAUUUACCAGCUGUUGGGCUGAGACUCAGCUCCAGUUUAAGGCUGGAGCUGAUUAUUGUGGAGGUUUAUUCUGACGACGUGGGUUUUCUUUAGACGUCAGACUAUCUGAACCUUGACUUCACAUUAAUGUUAUGUUACUACACAUUAAUCAGCUCAGGGACAGAGCGUCGCUCUGUGUUGUCAGGAGAUUUUCUGCUCGUCCAGAUCUUCUAAUUAUCUAAUUUUUCGUGUUAUAGAACCUGUAUACUUGACUCACAUUAUUAACAGUGUUACGGACGGGUUGUCCUGAUGACCAGGCUUGUCUGCCUGUCAUGAUUAUGUAGACGCACUCUGUGUUGUUGUGUAAGGCCACAGACAGGCCCGCUGAUCCGGGAUCAGCCCAGAUGUGUCGCUUCUUCCUGUUGACAAGUUCCUUUUGUCACCUGUUGAAGGUUUUGUUUAAAAAGCAUUUGGGCCAUGAGUUGAUGUUUUUCUGGAACGGUUUUGAGCCCAGGUUCUAACCGUGACCCAGCUGGUGUUAUUUUCCACUCAGUGUAAGUUCUGCACAGAGGAAAAUAAAGUCAGAUCAUUUUGGAGGCAACUUUUUGUCUCAGUGGGAGGAAGUGACUCUGCACCUCAGGUAGUUUAAAGCUUUGUUCAACCCACAGAUUCCACACACAUUAAUGAUUUACCAGGAAAUGUGGCAGCUCAGUGUAUCACAGGUUAAGAUCCAUCGUUUACACGGAAGCCGGCUUCCGCAUGAUGCCCAUCCCUCUCUCUCCCAGCGAUCAUGGCUGCCAUCGGAGCAGAGGUCACCAGCUCAUUCUUCCUGCCGCCGGGAGUCGUCAGCGUCUUCAUCCUCCUCCUCCUCCUCUCCAUCUUCCUCACGUCUCUCUGCAGCGACUGUGGCAGACGUUCGUUUGAGUUGCAAGAAUCAAGUGUAGACAAACAUCCCUCAUCCCUCAUCAAAGUGGUGAAGCUGGAGGACGCCAUGACGGCCCGAGAGAAUCCCAUGAUCCACGAGAUCCAGAGCGACGAAAAAGAGAAUCACCUGAAGGAGGGAACCCGAGUCCAGGCCGCUGCACCGAGCAGCCACAUGGUGGCGCCACCGCUCAACCAAGCGGUACGAGCUGAGGAGGAAGCCUCGGCCCAGUUCACCCCGUGGAGGAGCCACCUGACGGGAGCUCACAGCCGAGAUCACAUCUACCACACCAUUGGAGAGGAGCAGGCUGCGCCAUCACCUGCGGCCAAUCAGGAGCCUCGUUCCGAAGCAGCAGCGGAGGGUCUGGGCGGCAGCAAUGUGAACUCAGUUUACGCACAAGUCAGCAAGAAGGCGACAAAGACCCCGACCGCCGCCACCGUCCAUCCACCUGAACAGGUGCAGGAGGAGGAGGAGUCACCACCGCUGCCUGGCAGGACCGCGGACGUGGAGGCAUGAUGACGAAGGACGAGGAGGACAGGACUGACGGCUGAGAACCAGCAGUUAAACAAGAAGGAACAGCAGUGAGUGCAAACAACGUGAGUGCAAACAGCUGGACUGGAGCCUACGUUUCCCAUGAUGCAGCUGGAUGCUGGUACAUACUCACAGAGAGCAGUGUCUUACUUUAACCAAUGAUCGUAAACAGGAAACAGUUUGGUCAUUGAGACACUGAGUCAAAUGAUAUAAUGUGAAGGUGUUGUGGAUGUGGUGGCAGAAGGGAAACGAGGAUCCUUCACCUCAUUUGAACCUUUAAUGAUAACGUGCGUGUUUGUUGGUGGCUGGAAUGAAUGAGUCAGCACAGCUUCUGGAAACUACACAACAGCACAAAAUAAAUGUGCUGUUUAUGACUGUUCUCUGUUGGUGUGAAGAGUCUGCGAGACACAUGUAAAUAUAAUAAAGCUACAUUCAAGUUC